AUGAAAACAAAUAUCAGCGAAAAUUCACCUAAAGUUAAUUCACUUUUUUAAGUAGUCUUGAUGAAUGUGAAUAUCUAAUUAGGAGCCUUGAAUAUUGGGUACGUUCUCUCCUAUUUAACACUUACAAUUGACACACUUUUUGAUAAUUUAGGCAUAACAAAGGAAGAAAGAACAAGUUCAUUGAGUUUAAUAAAUGGAAUUUUGCCUUUAGGAUGUGUUGUUGGUGUAAUAAUUGGAUAUUUUCUCAAAAGAAAAUUUACUAACAAAUAAUGUAUUCAUAUUGCUGAUUUAAUUGGAUUAUCAAGUCUCUUGGCUGUAAUAGCCAACACAAAUGUAGUAAUUGUGUUUCGUUUUUUUCUUGGAGUUGCAAAUGGCAUCUCUAGUUUAAUUAUGCCUGUCUAUGUAAAGUCCUUGUGCCCUGAAAAAUAUUAUUACUAAAUUAGUAUGAUUUUGGGAUAUGGAGUGAAUACAGGCUUGGCAAUUGGACAACUAAUGGGUAUUGGAUAUAUAAAGUAUCAUGGUGAAACUUCGAACUGGUGGAGGGUUGUGUUUGUUUUUCCAGCCAUAAUCUUUAUAAUCAGAUCUUCUGUUAUUUAUUUUUGUUACAAUUAUGACAGCCCAGAGUAAUCAUUGUAAAGAAACGAUGUAGAACACGCAAAAUAAGUUAUUAGAAAAAUUUAUAAGGAAGAAUAUGUAGAGGCUUAAUUAGACAGAUACAGAUAAAUAGCUUAAAACGAGCAGUUAAAAACUUAGAAUUCCUUUUUGCAUAUAUUUUAGAAAAAGAACCUAAUUGGAUUACAAGUUGGUGUGAUAUCAAUGUUUGUGUAAAUUUGGUGUGGCUCAUUUGCUGUGUUUUAUUAUAGUGCAUAAAUUUUUGAGUAAUUAUCAGGUGGAGAUUUGGUAUUGAAGACAAUUUAUACCAUAUGUAUUGGUCUAUUUAGUGCUGCAGCUUAAUUCACUACUAUUCCGAUGUUGCCUCGCCUGGGCCAAAAAUAUAUUUUGAUCAUCGGAUCUGUUUUGAUGGGGGGCAUUAACAUCACCAUAGCAGUUUUAUCGAAUUAUCAAAGUGAUACUAUACUAUUCCUGAUUUUUGUCUUUUUGGUGCUUUUAAUUAUGGUGUUUGCUGCUACAUUGAGUCCAGUGUGUUGGGGGAUUGUACCCUAAUUAAAUGAUAGUGAUGGAACCUUCUUUACUAUGGAUUUGAGAUGGAUAUUCUAAGCCAUUUUAAUAUUCUCCUUCCCCUACAUUGUUUAAGGUGUUAAUAUUUCUGGAGCAUUUUACAUUUUCGGAGGCAUAGAUCUCUUUUAUACUAUUUAUUGUGGAUUUUUUAUUCUUGAUAGCAGAGGGAAAACAGGAGCUUAAAUUUUAGAAAUGUAUUUUGAUAAGUACUCUAAGUUUUUGGUAUUGCCAUAAACAGAAACCAAUCAAUGAAACUAUUAUAUCACAUAAAUUAUUAUAAUAAUUAUUUUUAUA